AUGUCAGGCAAGAGAAAGAGGGAUGAGGGUACUAGCUCAGGAACAGUUGCUGGUAGAAAGCCCCUAAGUGCCAUUGCAGCAGCACGAUUAAGAGCAGGAGCGGCGGCGGAGGGCAGCACCACGCCAGAAAUCACACACGAGCCAGUGCUUGCACCAUCAAGUCUACCGCCAGAAAGUCCAGAAUCAGGAUCUGGAUAUGGUGAACCCGAGCUCGGGAAUAAGGAGGAAGGCGAAGAAGAAGAAGAAACGCACGCUAUUAUCAAACGCAACUUCAAGCUCUGUAAUUGGCGAAACGAGUCCCAAAACAUCCUUUCCGACACGGAAUCCGAGCUCACCAUCAAUUUGAACAAGCAUACAACGAUUGCAUUGAUCGGGUGUUUCGAGUUCAAGGUGAUAAGAGGGGCUAUCAAUAUCAAUGGCGCUAAUAUAGGUGCACUCAGUCGGGAUGCCCAGAAGGGCGUUGUUCAUCGCGCAUUUGUGCCGUCUACACAUCCCAUUCUCAAGAUUAGGGGUCUAGACGGCACGAAUCACGUUCAGUUCAUGAGCUGUAAAGAAGCGGUGCCCAUCGCUGAGAACAGCCCGCUUUUUGCGAAUAUCUGGAACGCAGAGUUUGUAACUCGAUCAUUCAGCAUUAUCACAGAAUCCGAUGCAGACCCACUCUCUCGUAUCUUGACCCCAGAAGUUACCCCAGAAGGUUGGAUUCGUGCAAUUGAAGACUGCACCAGCACUUCUUCCAUCACACUCGUGACUGGAUCACCAAAUUCGGGAAAAUCCACUUUCGCCGGCCGACUUCUGAACCGCUACCUUACAGGUUUCGGCAAGACAGCUCGUCCUGUACCAGCCGUUUACUACCUAGAUCUCGAUCCCGGCAAGCCAGAAUACACGACCAGCGGUCAAAUAUCCCUUGUUUUGGUAAGAGAUAUCAAACUGAGCCCACGUUUUGCACAUCCGGCCACGGUAUCGGAUAUUGCAAGCUCAAAGGCAGAUGAGGUAAUACGCGCACACCCUAUCCCAACAAAUCUCACCAACUAUGCCGAUUACUACCACACAUGUAUUGAAGACCUUUUCCUAUCAUAUCGAACCUUGGCUUCACGCGAUACUUCUCUUCCACUCAUCAUCAACACGCCGGGAUUCUUAUACGCUUCGAGAUUUGACAUGUUAAACAAACUGCUCCUACGAUUUAAACCACACAACAUUAUCCACCUCGGAAAUACGCAAGCCACUGAUACCGAGACGGCAACUAAGAUGAAUUCGCUGCAGACGAUUUCUUCACAUUACCGCAGCACAAUCCACGAAAUUAUCGCACAGCCACCCCUGUCGAUUCCGGCUAGAACCGAUGUCGAGAUGAACGCCAUGCACAUGCAAUCCUACUUUCACAUCAAUACCACCAGCACGAAACCCGGCAAACCACGUAAAUUGUCUUGGGCGCCAGAGCCUCUUUCACAUCUCGUACCCUGGGAAUUCUGUUAUCAAGAGACGAUCGAGCGUUCACAAGAUAUCGUCGGCUUCACCAUGUACACCGAACCCAUCGAGCCUACUUCGUUGAUGACUACAUUGAAUGGUUCGAUUAUACAAAUUGUCCAAUCCAAUUCGUCCACUAUCCCCAGCCCAUAUACCGACCUUCCCAGGUCAAGUGGACAUGGAAUCCCUUACUUCCCAAAGUCGGAGUGCACGGGUAUGGUGGAGCCUUUGGACCCAAGGACAUCAAAACUGAUUUGUACGGCGAUGAUCCGAGGCUUUGAUCCUGACAAGAAGGUGGUUCAGGUUCUGGUGCCGAAAACGCAGGAGGCUCUCUUCUAUAACCUGUCGCCCGAGCGGACUGUGUUUGUGGGUGGGUGUUGCGACAUACCUGAGUGGGCGUAUCUAGAGGAUACGCCUGGGACAAAAGGGGUAGACCAAUUUGCGGCUUCAUCUCUAGAAAUAGAACCCAAAGACGGGCCGCUGUGGGUGGAGAAAGAGAGCACGAUGGAAGACAUGGGAUAUCUUAAUACGGUGCGCAGGGUGAGAAAAUUUCAGACGUAG